GAACUGUCCGUCUUGCUUCGGUGAAAGACAAACAUGGCUAAUAAUAGUAUCCAAGACCUGUCAUCGAAGAAACAUCAUUGGACGUCUAAAGUUAGCAAUGAAGAAGAGGAGGAAGACGAUCUGAUAUCCAUAAAUCACGCCGCGGCCGCAGUCAUAGUAAGCACAAAGGAAGAAGAGGUCGAGCAGAGAAGGAAGCCAGAGGCGCGCAGGAAGCUACAAGCAGUGGCAGUUUCGAGGCUGAAAUCGAUGCUAACCAUGCUGGGCAGGAACAGAAGAAACAUACUCUUCCUCCAUCACCGCCAUCAUCAGGGUCUGGGGACAAGGCUAGUGGGGACGCUGUUCGGGUUCCGGAGCGGGCAUGUCCACCUGGCGCUCCAGAAGGACCCCGUUUCCAGGCCGGUUUUCCUGGUGGAGCUGGCCACCCCGAUAGCCAGCCUGGUCCGGGAAAUGGCAUCCGGUCUUGUCCGGAUCGCGUUGGAGUGCGAUAAAGAAGAGAAGACGAUGAGAGGAGCGGGUGCGGGGAGGGCGCUUCUGGAGGAGCCGGUGUGGAGAACGUACUGCAACGGGAAGAAAUGCGGGUUCGCGGCGCGGAGGGAGACGGGUGAGAAAGAAUGGGAGGUUUUGAAGGCGGUGGAGCCCAUUUCAAUGGGGGCUGGCGUUUUACCAAAUCAUAGUAACAGCGAUAAUAAGGGGGGAGAAGGAGGAGAGAUAAUGUAUAUGAGGGCUAAGUUUGAGAGAGUUGUUGGGUCUAGAGAUUCAGAGGCACUGUACAUGAUGAAUCCAGAUAGCCAUGGGGCUCCUGAGCUUAGUAUUUACUUGCUUAGAAUUUAAUUAUUCCAUGAACUAGCUACCUUAAUUAGCUAGCUAGCAGCUGUAUCUUACCUUGCCAUUUCCUUUUCCAUGGUCGGGCCGGCCUUGUAUUGAAUCGGUUAAGUUGCUAUAUAUACAUUCAUACAACAACUUAAGGGAUUCAUCGAUGUAUGUUGCACGCAAACUUGGAAAUCAUGAGGCCACGAAACGUCAACUAAAAAAACGCUUGUUUGGAGAUUUCUUAAAAAGUUUCCGUAGAGUCUCCGAAACGGAAACUUACUCUUUCCGGAUCCUUUCCGUGCUACAUAGACUCCGACGAUUUAUCCAUCUGUACCUCAAAUUCGAUCAAUAUAUUCUUAACUUCCAAUUUGUUCAUUGUUCUACAUCCUACCUAGCUAUAUACU